CAAACACGCUCCCUCCCUAUUCACAAAUUCAAAUCUCCAACUCCAAAACAUUCUCUCUCUCUCUCUCUCUCUGCAAUGGCUACCAAAAACUCAUCCCUUGUGCUGAAAAUCCUAAUUCUACUAGCCAAAUUGAAAAAGCCCUUGCUCCGAAAACUGGUAUCUCUAAAGAAGAUGAAGAAGCUGAAGCUGCUGGAGCACUACAGCUACGCCAAGGAAUACGAAUUCUCCCCUUCGACCACUCCGAUCAUCGAGUUCCGUCGAAUCUCCAAAUACGGGAGAUUGAGCUUGAGGAAGCUCUACUCCAAUUUGGUGCUGAUUUGCAGGAGUGUUAUGGGAUCGAGUAGCAGAAACAAGGAGAUUUAUCAAUUGGAAAUGGGAUUGAGUUCGUCGCUGGUUUGCGCAGGAGAGAUGAGUACUGAGUUAUCAUUGAGCGAAGACGAUGAUAAUGAUAAUGAUGACUCUGUUGAUGAGAGAGCGGAGAUAUUUAUUCAGAGGUUUUAUCAAGAGAUGAGGAGGCAGAGGAUACAAUCCAAUUCUCAAUUGCUGCUUCCAAAUUGAAGUUUUUUUUAUUUUUAUCUUUUGGAGGGAAUUAAUGUGUGUUUGAUUUUGAUUUUUUAUGUUGUUGCUUUAAGUUUUAUUCUCCACGCUAUUUUAUAAAGACGUGGAGAAAUUCUUUGUAAUUCUGAUUGGAAUUUGUUUAAUAUAAUAUGCAUGGAUU